AGUCAGCGCAGCUAAACCAUCCUAUUUCCAAACCCUCCGCACGUAAAGACCAAAAACACAAUGGCAGAUGCUAGAUUCAAGACAGAGUUCCUGCAGACCCACAACGAGUUGCGGGCCAAGCACGGCGUGCCGGCCCUGACCAUGAGUGAUGCCCUGUGCAAUUCCACUCAGGCCUGGGCCGACCACCUGGAGAGCAAGCCCUGCCUCCAGCACAGCGACACCAAGAACGGAGAGAACCUCUACUUCUCCUCGAGCUCCGCACCCAUCAAACUAACCGGAAAAGAGGCAGUUGAGAACUGGUACAGUGAGAUCAAGGAUUACGAUUUUAGCAAUCCUGGUUUUGGAUCCAACACAGGCCACUUCACCCAAGUUGUGUGGAAGUCUUCAACUGAAGUUGGUGUGGGUAUUGCCAUGGUUGGAAAUGCUGUCUUUGUUGUAGGCCAGUACAGUCCUGCAGGAAACAUAAGCAACGAGGGCUAUUUUGAGAAGAAUGUCCUGCCUGCAUAG